AUGUGGCUCUGGCCUCCGUUCCCUUGGGACGCCACCUACGACUAUGUUGUAGUCGGAGGAGGCACUGCAGGAGUGACCGUAGCCUCACGUUUGGCUGAAAAAGGACUUCAUGUGGCCUUGGUGGAAGCUGGUGGCAAGUAUGAGUGGCUGCGUCCAAUUUCCAAGAUUCCGGGUGCUGCGAACAUUGGCAUUGGCGCAAGUGUUUCCACAGCGUCCUCAAUUGACUGGAACUUCGUCGCACGUCAGGUCCCUGGUGCCAACAACAGAGAUAUCCACUAUCCACGUGGAAAGUGUCUCGGUGGCUCAUCCGCGCUGAAUUUCAUGAUAUACCAACGGUCUGUGAAAUUUGCCUUUGAGGCAUUCUCCCAAAUACUGAGACCGAGUUUUAGUCCCUCCGAGGGUGCCAUGAACAAAUGGGCCGAACUUGUUGAUGAUACGAGCUAUUCCUUCAAUGAAACAUUGAAGUAUUUCAGGCGGACCGUUUCUUUUUUUCCACCGGAUCGCCAGUCGACUCGUCCGGACACACCAUAUAACCAGUCGGCCUUCGAUGCUCGGGGUGAGCCGCUGCACGUUUCGUAUCCUCGUUACGCAAUGCCUUUUUCCACAUGGGCUCGGCAGGGACUCUCAGCAGUCGGUAUAGAAGAAAUUGAUGGUCUCGACAGCGGUAUGCUAAUGGGCCAUCAAUUCUGUGCCAUGACUAUUCGCCCCACGGACGAGACUCGAAGCAGCUCCGAUGCUGCGUUUUUCCAUUUUGCCCGAAACGUGGGCACCAUUUCUGUCUAUCAGAGAACCCAAGCACAAAAGAUCCUCUUUGACAGACGUCAUCGAGCGUCUGGUGUCAAAGUUCGUGGUAUAUGGGGCUAUACCUUACGGGCCAAACAUGAGAUCAUCCUAUCUGCCGGGGCCUUUCAGUCGCCACAACUGCUGAUGCUGUCCGGGAUCGGUCCCAAAGAUGUUCUUCGGCAGCAUGGAAUUGAAGUCAUCGCAGAACUACCUGGUGUAGGUCAGAACAUGUGGGAUCAUGUAUUCUUUGGGCCUUCUUACCCAGUUUCUGUGAAGACCUUUGCAUGGUUGGCUCAGCAUCCAUUCGGGCUUGCAUCACAGCUUGCAAAAUAUCUUCUCUUCCAUGACGGGAUGCUGACCAAUCCGUCGACUGAUUACCUUGCUUUUGAAAAGCUUCCCAAAGCAUCGAGGCGGGGACUGGGCCCUGAAGUGGAAAGCACCUUGAGCUGGUUUCCAGAUGACUGGCCCGAGAUUGAGUAUCUAGCAGCAUCGGCCUUUGUGGGAAACUUUUCCAAUCCCUUUUUCCAGCAGCCAUCGCGAGGACAGUACGCUUCUAUUGUGACCAGCGUCGUUGCUCCUACUUCACGCGGCAAUGUGACUUUGGGGUCUGGGGACGUGAAAGAUCUGCCCAUUAUCAAUCCAAACUGGCUCGAUACGGAGAGCGAUCAAAAGCUGGCUAUCGCCGCGUACAGAAGGAUUCGUGAGGUGUUCCAAACCCCGGCCGUGAAGGCCAUUCUGACUGGCCCCGAGUAUUUCCCCAGAUCACAAUAUCAAACUGAUGCAGAGAUCUUGAACAUCAUCAAGAACACAAUGAUGACAAUCUAUCAUGCGUCAUGUACGUGCAAAAUGGGGACGCGAGUUGAUAGCAUGGCUGUCGUCGACCAUCGAGCGCGAGUCUUUGGGGUGGAAGGACUACGAGUCGUCGAUGCGAGUGCUUUUCCGAUAUUACCACCGGGCCAUCCUCAAUCUGUCGUUUAUAUGCUUGCCGAGAAAAUUGCCGCGGACAUUAUUGCAUCGCACUAA